CCACAAGAAUAUGAUACAUUAAAAUAUAUUUUAAAAAUCAUUUGGAUAUCUGCCUCUAUAGAUAGCCCUAAUUUGGGGUGGUGACAGCUUUGGGUACUCUUCCCCAAAAGCAUCUGAAAUAACUUGUGCCACCAUACACUUUCAAAGUGAGAUUCGUAAUCAGGCUUGGUACAUGAAGACACCUGCUCACAUGUUCUUUGGGGGCCUUCUGCCUUUCUGCAUGAUCUGCCUCAUGAUGGAUGAUAUCUAUGCAAGCUUGUACAAAUUGAAAGUUUGUGGUGCACUUAGUACCAUGUUUACAGCUUUUAUUAUAGUCAUCGUAGUAACUGUGUCGGUGGGAAUGGUUUGUACAUGCUAUCAGCUAUCCAAGCAAGAUCACCAAUGGUGGUGGAGAUCUGUGUUUCGUGGGGGAUCAAUUGCCAUUUUCAUGUUUGCAUAUGGCUUCUAUUUCUAUGCUAGAGCAAAAGCCAGAAUUUCUCUGAGCCUGCUAGAGUUUUUGUGCUAUAAUGCUUGCCUAUUCUACGCUGUCUUCUUGAUACUUGGAACCAUUGGCUUCUAUGCUUCAUCAGUUAUUUUCCAAUGCGUGGACCUACAACUAAAGAGGCGAAACUAGAAAAUUCAAUUCUUUCUUAUGUUGAACCCAAAGAGAGAUAUCAU